AUGGCCGAUAUGGCGCGGUUUUGGUGCUGGACGACGACCGCUAAUGCAAGCCCCAGCCGGGAGAUACACCAUCAAACCACCGAGAAGACCAAAGCCUCCCGCUUGUCCCGCAACUCCAACUGGCAGCAGUCAAACUUGAACAGUGAUGAGAGAUUUUGGACGGCAGUCGCGAUGCAGAUGAUUGAAAAGCCCCAUGCAAAGAAGAGGCGUCAAUAG